CGUCGUACUAGAUUCGCCCUCACACACAAAAAAUUCCUUCAGCAUCACAAACAAACGAAGCCUUUCACUUUCACAGACUCUCCGAGACUGAGAGAGACAUAAGAAGAAAAAGAAGAAGAAGAAGAAGAAGAAGAAGAAGUAAGAUCCCCCACCUCCAUCCCAAAUGGAUGCCCAAUUCAAUUGGGAGUAUUUGGGCCGAAGAAGCUUUGCACAGCCCAACGAUGUGGUGUAUCCAUCGCCGGACAUGGAGGUGUCGGUGCGGGCCGUGGAGAGGAUAUUAGGGUAUAGUUUCAAGAACAAGAGGCUUCUUGAGGAGGCACUCACUCACUCUUCCUGCUCCGAUUCUCUUUCUAAUUUCCAGCGCCUGGAGUUUGUCGGAGACGCCGCUAUUGGACUCGCUAUUAGUAACUACGUCUUCCUUGCUUACCCUCAGCUCGAUCCCGGCCAGUUAACUUCUCUGCGCUCUGCUAAUAUUAGCACCGAGAAGCUCGCUCGUGUCGCUGUUCGCCAUGGCCUCUAUCCCUACGUUCGCCGCAAUGUUGCCAAUCUUGACGAUAAGGUUAGAGAGUUUGAUAAAGCUGUGCGUGAAGAAGAUGAAAUGGUUGUAUAUGGUGGAUCGGUAAAAGCCCCAAAAAUCCUUGCUGACAUUGUGGAGUCUAUAGCAGCUGCUGUUUAUGUCGAUGUCAAUUUUGAUCUGCAAAGAUUAUGGGUGAUCUUCAGGGGUCUUUUGGAGCCUAUAAUUACGUACGAGGACUUGCACAAGCAACCCCAACCGGUAAGAAUGCUGUUCGAGCUCUGCCAGAAGCAGGGUAAGCAUGUUGAUAUUAAGUAUUGGAGAGACGGGUCAAAAAACAUAGCCAGUGUUCAUAUCGAUGGCAACUUCGUUGCCUCGGGUUCUGCUGAGAAAAAGGAGAUUGCUAAGCUUAAUGCUGCUAAGUUAGCUUUGCAUAAGUUGCCACAAGCAAUACCUGUUAAAGGUGAAUUCUUUGAAUAUGUUGCUGGUGUUGAUGGAUGUUUCGAGAUUGAAGGAGCAAAACACAAGUUACAUGAAAUUUGUCGAAAGAAGAAAUGGACCAAACCGAUUUACAAAAUUGAAAACAAUCCAGGUACUUCACAUGAAAAAGGUUACGUAUCAUCAGUUCAAGUUGCAACUACAGAGAGUGUGCUCUUUAUGAUGGGAGAUGAAAGGUCUAAAAUAAAAAAUGCGGAAAGUUCUGCAGCUUCCUUGAUGAUCAGUGCCUUGCAAGAAUGUGGUUAUUUAUGAUGUUGCUCCACUGACCUCAAGAAUACGAGACAUACACUCCUAUGCCCACAUUUGAAAUCCAUGAAUGGGAGGAAUGCUUCAUGGUUUUAUGGGAUUCUGUAUUUCACCUUAUAAUUUCAAAAGUGAUUAAACUGUAAAAACAGCCCUUCAAUGUGGGAAAUUGCUUUACCACUUAUGGAUGCUUGCAAGAUUAACCCGGUAACAGUUAAAAGAACUCAAAAGCUGGCUUUUCUUGUCAGACUGUAUCAGCCAUUUGAUACUAGAUGUAAUUGGUGUUUGGUAGGAAUGGUAAAAGCAAUUUCAGUGUAGUCUUCUAUGAUUAUUGUAUAUAAUCGAGUUAUUUUCGUUCCA